AUGAAAGGUUUCGAGGAUAUUAUGGAGGAAUUGUUUGAUAUGCUAGAAACAAAGGAAGUGGAAGAAUUCUCACUUCUUUCCCAAAAGAUAUGGACUAGAAGAAAUGAUUUCGUGUUCAAAGGUGCUUUUACUCAUCCAAACAUGCUAAUGCACCACUCUCUGCUUCUGUUGCAAGAGUUCCAACAGGCACCUCAGGGUGUUUAUAAGCUUAAUUGGGAUGCAUCAGUGGAUAAACUUCAUUGUAAGGUUGGAGUUGGUGCAAUCAUUCGAGAUUGGGAAGGUUCUGUUAUUGCCACUUUAAGGAUAAAUAGAGAUCUAUAUCCUGAUCCACUUUUAGCAGAGGAACUUGCAGCACUUCGAGCUGUCAUUUUCUAUAAAGAUCUAGGACUAAAGAAGGUCAUAGUUGAGGGUGAUGCUCUUCAAGUUGUUAAAAGGAUCCAGAAGCUAGAAGUAGAUGACACUUGUUUUGGUAUGUUCAUAUCAGAAAUCAUUGAGACUCUGGCUUCUUUUGAUCAAUGGUCAGUGAACCACAUAGGGAGGGACUGUAACAAGGCUGCUCAUGCCUUAAGUAAAGAUGUUUUAGGUGUCAUUGACGUUAUGAUUGAUCUAGAGAAAUUUCCUCAAUGUAUUCAUUCAUUUGUUAAAGCUAUCAAUAAAGUUUGA